AUGCCAAAUGAAGACGCUGAAACUACAGCUAAUGGCUUUGAUGCUUGCAACCUGCAGGCCCUUCCUAUAUAUCUGGAUAAGCUUUUCAAUCAGUAUCUUGCUAUAAUACUCUCUGUGACUUUUGUUCUGGCUUUUGGAGAGGUUAUUCCGCAAGCAAUAUGUACAAGAUAUGGUCUUGCUGUAGGUGCAAAUUUUGUAUGGCUUGUGCGAAUUUUAAUGGUUAUUUGUUAUCCAAUAGCUUAUCCCAUUGGAAAGAUUUUGGACUGGGUACUGGGACAUAAUGAAGCUCUAUUUAGGCGAGCUCAGUUAAAGGCUCUCGUCUCAAUCCACAGCCAGGAGGCUGGUAAGGGAGGUGAACUGACUCAUGAUGAGACAACAAUUAUCAGCGGUGCACUAGAUUUGACUGAAAAGACUGCUGAGGAGGCUAUGACACCUAUUGAAUCAACUUUUUCCUUGGAUGUCAAUUCAAAGUUGGACUGGGAAGCAAUGGGUAAAAUUCUUGCUCGGGGUCAUAGCCGGGUACCUGUCUACUCUGGGAAUCCAAAAAAUGUUAUUGGACUUCUGCUGGUGAAAAGUCUUCUCACUGUGAGACCUGAAACAGAGACUCCAGUUAGUGCUGUUUCCAUCCGAAGAAUUCCCAGGGUACCAUCAGAUAUGCCUCUUUAUGAUAUAUUGAACGAAUUUCAAAAGGGUAGCAGUCAUAUGGCGGCAGUCGUGAAGGCUAAAGGAAAAAGCAAGACUCUUCCACCAAGGAUCGAUGGAGAAAUUAAAGCCAAUGGUGGGGAUUCUGAACUGACGGCUCCUUUGCUAUCCAAGCAGGAUGAAAAGACAGAAAGUGUUGUUGUUGAUAUUGACAGGCCUUCGAAGCCUAACAAUUUGAGUCGACAGACCUCUUCACAACGUAGUGAUGCGGCAACAAAGGGAUUAGCAUAUGCAUAUGAGGAUAUUGAAGACGGUGAAGUGAUUGGAAUCAUCACCCUGGAAGAUGUAUUUGAAGAACUUUUGCAGGAGGAGAUUGUGGAUGAGACAGAUGAAUAUGUUGAUGUACAUAAAAGAAUCCGUGUGGCUGCAGCUGCUGCUGCUUCAUCUGUAGCACGAGCUCCAUCAAGUCGCAGGUUAAUUGGCCAAAAAGCAGCUGGAGGCCAAAGUAAGCAAGCGCCAACGACUCCAAAGAAGUCUGCUGAGAAUGAUUCAAUUUCAACGAAAGGGGCUCCCUCAUCUUGAGAGCAAGUGUCGUGCUAUGUUGUCCGAAUGGGAGAGGAAUUUUGUAAACAUACAUAGAAAAUGAACAAUAAAGCGACGUAAUGUAUUUGAUAUUUUGAAGUUCAUUUUAGUAGAUUCUUUAUUGCUUCUCAACUAAACUCAAGAAUCCAUUAUGGAUAUGGGGCAAAUAGUAGUUCUGAUUUAAUUUGCAAAGUAAUUUG